GAAGGAGUCAGAAUGAAGUGUUUCAAGUAUUUCUUCCUUGCUGUACUUAUCACCAUUUGUGAGCAUUGUAGAGCCCAGUCCUGCGUGAUAGAUAAUUUUAAAGUGAAGGAUGACUUUGAAUUAAAAAGGUAUGCAGGAAAAUGGUACGCCAUUGGGAAAAAGGACCCUGAAGGCUUGUUCCUGCAAGACAAUAUCUCUGCUGAAUACACAAUAGAUGAGGAUGGCACAAUGACUGCAUCAUCCAAAGGCAGAGUUAAACUUUUUGGGUUCUGGCUCAUCUGUGCUGAUAUGGCUGCACAGUACUCGAUACCAGAUACAACCACACCAGCUAAAAUGUACAUGACUUACCAAGGUUUGGCUAGCUACUUAUCAAGUGGAGGAGACAACUACUGGGUCAUUGACACUGACUACGAUAACUAUGCAAUCACCUAUUCCUGCCGUACUCUCCAUGAAGAUGGAACAUGUAAUGAUGGCUAUUCCAUAAUAUUCUCACGCAAUCCACGUGGAUUUACUCCAGCUAUUACAAGGCUUAUACGCCAAAAACAGGAGGAAAUCUGCAUGGCUGGACAAUUUCAGCCUGUCCUUCAAUCGGGAGCCUGCUAAUGUUGUCAAGAACUUUUUCUUUCUCUCGGGUAUGGAAAGAACCAGUCCAUCUUGAAAGAAUUACCUAAAGAAAUGCACAACUUUUUUGCAUCGCUAAGAUUAUUUUCAGAGUGCAAUUAUGUGUUUAACUGUUAUUUAGAUACAAAUUAUUUUUGGUUCAUGUCAUGUGCUUCCUUUAAACAUUCUGUUUUUAGGUUUUAUUAUGCAACCAGAUUUUGUUGAAAUAGAUAAUUUAUUAAGUAUG